AACUUUUCUGUUUUUUAUUCUUUACAGAAAAAUGUCACUCAAGGAGGGUGGAGAGAGUAAAAAUGGUCAACUUGUGGCGUCACCUGAAAGAAUGGCCACAGACAAAACCAGAGAAAACCAGAACCCACGGGGAGUUGAGGUACCGGGCAGCAACGCAGACACCAGCACGGCAGCUAAAAACCUGGCUUUGCUUAAAGCACACUCUCUAGAUGUGAAGUUUGAUGUCGGAGAGGAGUAUGACAUCAUAGAAACCAUUGGCACCGGGGCCUAUGGUGUUGUUUCCUCUGCCAGGAGGAGGGACAAUGGCCAGCAGGUGGCAAUAAAGAAAAUCUCCAACGCUUUUGAAGUGGUGACAAAUGCCAAACGCACACUGAGAGAACUGAAGAUUCUUAAACACUUUAAACAUGACAACAUUAUCGCCAUCAAAGACAUCCUGCAGCCAAACCUCCCUCAUUCUGCCUUCAAGUCUGUGUAUGUACUUUUCUUUUUUCUAACUUUGGCUAAUAACACGUCCACAGAUAGAUCUGUAGAUUAUUAA